ACCAAAUAAUGUCUUCAAUAUUGAAUCCAGAGUGUGCAAUGACAUGUCCAAUUUGUUUGGAGACAAUGAAAGCACCCAUUGUGCAGUGCCAAAUAGGCCACAGCAUGUGUAGAGGAUGUGUUAGUGAGACCAACAUUACCAAAUGCCCUUCAUGUAGAUCUCCAUUAACAAACACCAGGAAUUAUCAACUAGAGCAACUCAUUGAAGGCUUGAGUGGCAUGCUCAAAAUUCAGUGCAUAUACACCAAGAAAGGUUGCAAAUAUACAUUGUCUCAAAGUGAAAAGGAACCACAUGAGUAUGAAUGCAGAUUUAGAAGCUUCGACUGUGAAGGCAAGAAGUGGGCAAAUUGGAACUGUCAAUGGAAAGGAGAUUAUGCUGAAAUUUACAAACAUUUCAAAGAUGAUCACAAUAACCACACUUGGAUGCAGUAUACGACUGCUGCUAACAUGAAAGUGAAUUUUAAUAAUGACUUCAUGGAUGUUCAGAUCAUAUCAUUUUUCAAUGGCCAACAAUACUUUUAUUACAAACAUAAACUUGAUGUAUCAAAAGCCAAGGCAUAUUGGGCCUUCCAACUAAUUGGUACGAAAAGCCAAGCCAAACAUUACUAUUAUGAGUUUGAGAUUCAUAAUGAUCCUGUGAGAAAAUUCAAAGUCACAGAAAUGUGUCAAAGUGAUGUAGAGGAUGUAAAUAAGAUUUUUGAGGAAGAAAGAUGUGUUGUGAUGUCUUUCAGAGUUUUGAAAAACUUUUUGGUCAAUGAUGAGUUGCCCUUCAAGUUUAGGAUUAUGAGUUUGAAGAAAAAAUAAUGUGUAUCAGAUAAGAAGAGUUAAUGCUUUCACUUUAUGUGGGAGAUAUCAAAAGCUGAACAUAACACUCAACGUUUAUUUUGUUAUAUAGAAUAUAAAAGUUUGCUUAUUUAAAGGAAUGUGCCUUUUUCAUUAUUCAUUUAUUUUACAAAUUCUUACAGUAGAUAAAAAUAAUUAAUGUUACUAAUUUUAUUUACUUGUAAGUACUAUACAACUUAAUAAAGAUAUUUUGCUUAAAUUACAA